UAGCAGUCCUAAUUUCUAUACUUCACAUCUAUCUCUGCAUUUACUCUAAUCCUUACCAAUGUCAGCUACUGCAGGCAUAAGCAAUCUGCUGCUCUCGGAGUUGCAGAGUCUGUCCACUGAAGCACGACGGAAGCACCCGGAAAUAAAGGAGGCAGCAGAGCGUGUUAUUGUCAUCCUUCGCAGCAUCAAGGCGACAUCAUCUGCACAGGUUGCCACGGAGCUGGCAAAGUCCGACGAGGUGGUAAAGCCAUUUGCACUUGCAUGCAAAACAGGCAACCACAAGCUGACAACAAUAUCGGUGCAGUGUCUACAGCAGCUCAUUUCGCACCAGGCGCUGUCGCCAGACUCGAUCCGUGUGACGCUGGGAAUGCUCACGUCGGUGCUGAGCCAGGGAAUGGACAUCCAGGUCAAGAUCCUGCAGAUGAUCUUGCCGCUGGUCAGUGCAUACGAUGCAGUCUCGGGGGAGACCCUGGUGGAGGCUAUUCACAUUUGCUUUGUGCUACAGCAGUCGCGCGAUCCGAUUGUGAACAACACUGCGGCGGCUAUCCUGCGCCAGCUUGUCGUGGCCGUCUUUGAUCGGGUUGUCAGCGAGGACAAGCUGAUGAACAGCACACAGGUUGAUGCCGAGGCCGACCUAACACGAAAGUGCGCGAAAGAUGCGUACUACGUACUGCAGGAUCUGUGCCUGCUGCUGACCGACAGCGAGACCGUGUUUAUUCGUGCAGAUACGAUUGAUAAGGGGCUAGUUCUGGAGCUCGUAGAGUCCAUUCUGACAAACCAUGCCAAAGUUGUUGCGCGGCAUGCGGCUAUGGCGCAGCUGCUGCGUGAGCGACUAUCCCCGUAUAUCGUCCAUUUCUUUGCUGAAAAGUCGACGUUCCCGCUCGCUGUGCGCUGCAUUCGGGUCGUCUGGCUCUUUAUCCGCGACCUGCACGCAGAGUUCAACACCGAAUGUGAGAUAUUUUUGUCGAUAUUGACCCGCCUAAUGGAUCCGAGCACGAGUAGCAGCUCUCACAGCCAGGCAGCGCCCGGGCGGCGGCGGCCUAGCUUUGUAUUGCCCGGAGGUGUGGGAGUUGGAAAUCCAAGCACCUUGUUCCCGCCGUUCUAUCGCGUAUUGGCCCUUGAGCUCGUCAAGAAGACAGUCGAAGACCCGGGCCUGCUGCAGGAGCUGUACGCACAGUUUGAUGGGCAAAUGGGCAGCGGCGAGGACUGCCAUGUCAUCCUGGACAUUAUCACCGCCGUUGGCAAAGUUGUAUCCGAGCGUCCGACGAUCCGGUCCAGCAACUCCGACGGUAUCCCCAGUGCGCAACCUGAAAAUAGCGCUACUGGCGCUGAUACCCAGCUGCGCCGCCACGCAAUUGAUGCCGAUGCAGGCGGUGAUAGGGACCAGAUCAGUGCACGAUCAUGCCGUAUGCGAUCUGAGAUGCACAAGCUGCUUGACAAGCAGGAGCCGCCUGCGAUCCCUGAUACGUACCUGUUCUUUUUGGCACUAUCAUCGACAUUAUCGCUGGUCGACGGAAUGGCAAGCGUCGUACUGCCUGCCCAUACAGCGCCUCUGACAGCAUUGAUAAAGGGCAAGGAGGUAACGAAGAGCGUGCUUUCAGUGCCUGAUGCUAGCGACCAGCAGGUACAGGUUGUCAGCAGCUUUGCCACCAAGAUAUGGCCAAUCCUGCUGACAGCAUACUCGUUCUUCCUCAACGUGCGCUUCGAUAACUCGCUGUUUAACCAGGUCAUGGAAAGCUCGCAAAAGAUGGUCCUGGUGUUCGGCGCACUAGGUGUUCGCGAUGCGCGCGAUGCAGUGCUAUCGCUGCUCUGCCGACAUUGCCUGCCGCACGCAGCGAUCUCAGAGCAUGAGAGACUGCUGCAGCAGAGCCAGGUUGCCAAAACACAGAGCCUGGCAACUGUGCGCGAAGACGAAGCCAAUGGCACUGAUGGUCGGCCACCUGCCACUGCUCCGCUGGUUACAUCUUCCCUUAUCGGUGCCCAGUUCUCGAUGCAUUCACGCCAGAUCCAGUGCCUACGCGCAGUUAUCUCCUGUGCGCAGUUCCUGGCCAAUACGCUUGGCCCAGCCUGGUAUCCGAUCAUGGUCACGCUGCAGCAGGCUGACGAGCUACUUUACCAGAGUCGUGGUUCAUUACCAACACCAGCAGCUCUGGGGGCUAACAGCAAUGCCUCUCACGGACAGAUGCCGGGUCGCAGCGCAGGAGGGCGCCAGCGGAGCAUGUCGACGGCGUCAUCGCAGGUGCCUAGUAGCGAUGACGAUCUCAGCCGGGCAACCGAGUUCCAGGCAGUUCGCGAAGAGUACGCCCAGCUGUUCUCCCUUGUGCGUGCGCACGGCAGCGAUGCCUUUAUCUGGGUUAUCCGCUCAUUAUGCGCGCUUGGGUCUGACCUGACCAGUGUGCCAGCACGACACGAAUUUAGCGACAUUUCGAGCCAGAUGCGGUCGGCUCUCGGUAUCGUCAAUCGUCGCAUGAGCGCACUAAUGGACCGCCCAACAUUUGCAGUCGAGGAAUUGCGGCUGUUGGCCGUGGAAAAUGUCGAUCUGUUGAUGGGGUCGCGUGCCUUGGCCGACACUGCCGCUGACACCGACAGUGUCGGAUCCGAGGCGUGGUCGCUGAUCAUGCACCACCUUCUUGAUACGACGACAUACGCGCAUACUCCGUCACCUAUCCGAACUCAGGCUUGCGAGGCUGUUUCGGAUGUUGUGCUGGCAGCUAUGGAGCUGGUGACUCGCGCAGAUGGACUGACGGAAGACGACGAUCUGGCCAGUGAAGGAAUCAACUCACACUUUGUCGCCAUGGUUGCCAACGGUGACGCCCAGCUGCGCAUUCUGACACCACUCUCGCAAAUGAUGGCUGGGAUUCGCUCAUCUACUGGUGCCGAAGACAGCAAGGGCUUUGGCCAGUUUGUCGAGGUACGCAAACUGACGCUUGAUACGCUCAGCAAGCUACUUCAGGCCUCGGGACACUCGAUCAUGCGUGCUUGGGACGUUGUCUUUGACAUUAUCCAGAGCGUUGUUGCCGCCGAGUCUGCGGGGUCCACCCAUGGUGUAGGCGGGACGAAUGCCGAGUCACGGCAGCCUGGAUAUUUGGUCAGGUUUGCAUUCCCAUGCCUGCAGCUCAUAUGCACUGACUACCUGGCCGAUCUUCCGGCAAACUGCAUGCGGCGCUGCAUCCAGUCACUUGUCGAAUACGGGCAGCAGACUGAGGACUUGAACAUCUCGCUGACCGCCAUUGGGCAGGCAUGGAGCCUGAGCGACUUUUUCCAGCGCGCAAGCCCAAAGUCGGAUGAAGUGAAUCUGGCGGAGCUAAGCGAGCUGAUCAGCAGCAGCCUGGUCGCCCAUAGCGACGAUAGCAAACCGGCAAUUGCACACAUCGUCGAUGGCUGGUGGCGGGAGGAGCUAGUGUCGCUGGAAGAUACGCAUACUCGCCAACUGCUGUGGCUCCUGCUCCUGCACUCACUUUCUGAUCUCGGCCGCGAUGUCCGCCACGAAGUCCGACACGGCGCACUGCAGACGCUGUUCCGCACGCUGGAUAUGCAUGGUGGGAUCUUUGACAUCUGGACAUGGGAUAGUAUCAUCUGGACUGUUUUGGCACCAGUGCUCGAUCGCGUGCUGGCUGAACGUGCUCGCGUGUUCGAUCUGAUCCGACAAGGACGCGUGGAGAUGCUGUUGUCCGAGCUUGAGGCUGAGCAGAUGGCAUCCAAAAGUGGAGUAGUUAUCGAAGACCCGAGCCGCCUGCACAAGAAGCAGUGGGAUGAAACGGCAGCCACAGCGGUGCUCGGUGCUGCUAAAGUGUGGCGAGACAACCUGCAGCGGUCGAUCCGGCACGUCGGCUAUGUGGGACAGGCUUGGCAGGUUAUGUGGAAGCUGGCCAUUGAUUUUUUGGCUGGUAGACAGUCCAGCGAGGGCGUGCAGUUGCUACCAGUUGCUGACAAAACGAUCGAGGUAGAUGUGCCCGACAACUUCAUCGACUCAGCCGCAGUCGAGGUGAGUGAUAGCCAGCUGUACCAGCGCACUCGUGAGAGUGUUGCCGCUGCGAUCGAAUGCGUGGCGGCGCUGGUGGGCAUUGCCGACCUGGAAGGAGGGCCAGAGGACCAGAUGAUCACGCAGCACUGGCGCACGGUGUGGAGGGCAUGGCUGACGAUUGGCAGCCAGAUGACGAACCUGCCGAUAGACCGGGGGUCGCUGCUUGACAUCAACCAGACAGUAGACGGAAAUGUAGUCUACACUCAGGAGGUGCUGCUCUCAUAUCUGCAAAUGUUCUCGCAGAUCUUUGACCAGCUGCGAUCAUGCAGGUGGUUCAGCGAAGGCGAUUGUACCACGCUGCUGCGAAUUGCUCGCCGGAUCUUGCUGUUCGUUGAUGCACCGCUUUACUCGCCAGAUGUCUUGGAGAUCUCAACGUUGCAGGCGCAGAUCAUGGAUACGAUCUGCUCGCUGCAGAUGCUUGCUCAGUGCAAGACCGAUCAUGGGGAUAACCUGGUAUCGCCUGACACUGUGCUGUCACUUUCUCUUGGCGAGCUGGCGGUGUAUGCUGUCAUGCCGUAUAUCAUUCAUCCUGAGCAGGGCGGCGCCGGCACGCUCUACCGCGACAGCCAGGUCAUUGGUCGGGGUCGGGGCCUGUUUUCAGUGCAGCUGCAAAGACUUGCCGCACACUCUUCUGCGGCUAAUGAGGUCAAGAAGCCGCGCAGUGGCAAGGCUAAGUACACACGGCGUGCGAUUAUGCCGACGCUGGUGUCUCUGGCGGUUGCGGCUCUGAUAAAGCUUGGCGAGGCGCUUUGCUCUGAUCAGAUCCUGGGCGAGAGCCAGACCAGCAACCAGGCUCUUGCCAACUCCAAACGAAUCCUUGCCGAUGGAGUGCUGGCAGAUUCACUGGUUGCCAUUGGGCUGCACCUGGUGCUGCCACUUGGGGCUGAGCGCCCACCGGGCGAUUUGAGCGACACAGCAGCAAUGCCUGCUUUUGAGUGGGCCAAGCAACACCAGGCAGAGGCUGUAGACUGGCUGAUUCGUGUUGUGACGCUGGGAAUGUCGCGGCUGCGCGGCUGCACCGAUGGAGAUGCGCGGUCGGCGCUGGCAGAUACAUGGGUGACUAUUGGCAUCGUUCUGGGGUCGGCAGUUGGGGUGCCGGAUCAUAUACUCACGCGGGAUCAGUCAGUAUCGCUGGAUGAAACCGCCACCGAGCGGUCUGCGGUGGGGUUGGAUACUGCCGGCAAUGGUCUUGCACUUUCCGCGGAGUGUCAAAACCAGGUGCUCGAUGCUAUUAUGCACGCCAGCACUGGAUACAUUUCUCAAUAUGGUGGCGGCAGCGGUGGUGGCGACGACAGCACAAUAGCUCAGGUGCAGCCAGCCGAGGUUGGAGAGUACUGGGGGCUGCUUGUGAGGAUUCUCGAGUGGGGGGCUCUAAUGGCUGCCGAGCCCGUUGUGCUGCUUUGUGUGGAGCAAGACGACAACAUCGGCAUGUUGUUCUCGGCAGCCACCGCCCCGCCUUCCUCCAGUGUUAGUAGUAUGGCGCAAAUGCAGCAGGCAAACCGGCAGGCACUGACAAUGGAGUGCUUCCAAUGGCUGUUCAGAAUGUCGUCGAAUGCCGCCGCCGACACAUCCUUGCCGUUGUGGGCCAGCCAGCGUGCCGCCCCGACGCUUGUGCGUCGAUGCCAGACGGUGCUCGAGGCAUUUGUCCGAGAUAAAGCACUGCUGGGGAAAAGCCCGAUGCCAUUUGCCCGCGUUGUGCUGCUCAACAUGGUGCUGGACAACAUGGCUCGCUUGCAGUGCCGAGCCAGCGCGCUGGCGACAGGAUCAAGCAAGACUGCGACCAGCCCGGCAGCCCACCUCCUCCUGCUAUGCGACAAUCUCAUCGAUCUGCUGUCGGCUCCAGAUCCUGCGGUCCUGGGCUCGAUCCAGCGUUGUCUGCGGCGGAUUGCUGGCGAGAUAAAGCAGUAGAAAACACCGUCGUUUGUGUGUAUGUAUGUGUGUGGACGGGCCAGAGGUGGGAACAACCGGCUGGCGCGCCAUAGCCUUUGUAACUGUCAGGAAAACAAACGAAUAAAUCAGUUGUUGAG